UACAAGUUGCAAAAAUUCAAUAUUUGCCAGCAGUUAAAAGAAAAGAAAAGAAAAGAAAAGAAAAGAAAAGCAUAGCUAUAUUUUUGUGUGCUAAUCCUCUAUGGCUCUCCACUCACCCAAACACAGUGAUGCCAUAAUAUUUCUAAGCAAUGACAGUUCCCUGGGGAAAUUAAAACCCCAGAAGAGGUUGCAGUUGGUUUUUAGAGCCAUAUAUUUUGUGGCUUUCUUGACCAAGAAAAAGAUUGGUAGAAACACAUUAAUCCUUUCUCAGUUGUUGCGCAAUCCAUCUAUCGUUAUCGAAAUUGAAAGCAUCAAUGAUCAUAAGGAAGAAGAACUCUUUCAUGGCAUCAACAAGGAAGCACUUGCCAAGUUGGUCAGAGAGAAAGACUUCAAUGGCCUCCUCCAAUUUGGAGGGGUGCGGCAAAUCGAAGAAAUUCUUGGAUCAGACCAGAAGUCAGGUUUAAGAAUGAACGAGAAUGACCUACAACAAAGAAAGAAAACUUUCGGCUCCAACAUUUAUGAGAAGCCACCAGCCAAGAGUUUCUUGAGUUUUGUACUUGAAGCUUUCAAAGACACAACCAUUAUCAUCCUUCUGGUAUGUGCUGUUUUCUCCCUCGGCUUUGGAAUUAAACAGCACGGACCCAAGGAAGGAUGGUAUGAUGGCGGAAGCAUCAUCGUUGCGGUUGUUCUUGUCCUUGCAGUUUCUUCCAUCAGCAACUUCAAACAAAGCAGGCAAUUUAUGAAGCUCUCGGAUGAAAGCAAAGAUAUAAAAGUGGAAGUAGUGAGAGACGGACGCAGACAGGAAGUAUCAAUCUUUGAAAUAGUUGUUGGUGAUGUUGUCUGUCUUAAAAUUGGCGAUCAAAUUGCAGCAGAUGGACUCUUCUUGGAUGGCCACUCGCUGCAAGUAGACGAGUCCAGCAUGACAGGUGAAAGUGACCACGUUCAAAUAAACAAGACACAGAAUCCCUUUCUGGUCUGCGGAACAAAGGUAAUGGACGGAUAUGGACACAUGCUUGUCACAUCAGUGGGUACAAAUAAUGCAUGGGGUCAGAUGAUGAGCAAUAUAACAGAUGACAAGAAUGAGGAAACCCCACUGCAACAUCGGCUAAACAAGCUUACCAAGUAUAUUGGGAGCGUUGGUCUAUUGGUGGCUUUUCUUGUUCUACUCACUCUAUUGAUCCGUUAUUUCACAGGACAUAGCGAAGAUGACAAUGGUCAUCAGGAGUUCAUAGGAAGCAAAACCAAAGCAGGUGAUAUCAUGAAUUCUUUGGUUCGCAUAAUUGCUGCAGCAGUAACCAUCAUAGUGGUUGCAAUUCCAGAAGGUCUGCCAUUGGCUGUCACGUUAACUUUGGCAUAUUCUAUGAGAAGAAUGAUGCUGGAUCAUGCGAUGGUCCGUAAGCUAUCUGCAUGUGAGACAAUGGGAUCAGCAACUACCAUCUGCACAGACAAAACCGGCACUCUCACCUUAAACCAGAUGCAGGUAACUGAAUUUUGCUUAGGAACAGAUAUGAUUAUGACGACAUCACAGAUAGCACCUGAAGUUCUUGAAUUGCUACAAGAGGCUGCUGGUUUGAAUACUACAGGUGAAGUUUACACGACACCUUCUGGUCCUCCAGAAAUCUCUGGUGGCCCAACUGAGAAAGCGAUUCUAUCAUGGGCCAUGACCAGUUUACUAGUGAACUUUAAUGAAUUAAAUCGAGAGCAUCGAAUCGCCCAUGUUGAAGUUUUCAAUUCACAAAAGAAAAGAAGUGGGCUAUUGGUAAUAAAAAAUAGUACAGGGAAAGUUUAUACACAUUGGAAGGGUGCUGCAGAGAUGAUUCUAGCUAUGUGCUCCACUUAUUAUGUCAAAGGUGGAAUAAUUGCACCUAUAGAUCAUGAAGAAAGAAAAGAACUUGAGUUGAAGAUCAAAUAUAUGGCAAGCAAGAGCUUGCGAUGUAUUGCAUUUGCUUGCAAAGAAAGCAAUCCACAAAGUCAAAUUCUUGAAGAAACCGAACUAACCUUAUUGGGUCUGGUGGGUCUAAAGGACCCAUGUAGGCCUGGCGUAAAAGAGGCAGUAGAAUCCUGCAGGGCUGCUGGUGUUAGCAUUAAAAUGAUUACUGGGGACAAUGUGUUCACAGCCAAAUCAAUAGCUUUUGAAUGUGGAAUUCUCCAACCAGGUGAAGACUUGAAUAUUGCAGUAAUUGAAGGAUCGACAUUCAGGAAUUACUCACAAGAAGAGAGAAUGGAGAUUGUUGAAAGAAUACGCGUGAUGGCAAGAUCAUCACCGUUUGACAAGCUUUUGAUGGUUGAAUGCUUGAAGCAGAAAGGCCAUGUUGUAGCAGUAACAGGUGAUGGAACAAAUGAUGCUCCUGCGUUAAAAGCAGCAGACGUUGGACUUUCCAUGGGAAUCCAAGGCACAGAAGUCGCAAAGGAGAGCUCCGAUAUAGUUAUCUUGGACGACAAUUUCGAUACAGUGGUCACGGUCUUGAAGUGGGGUAGGUGCGUAUAUAAUAACAUUCAAAAGUUUAUUCAGUUUCAGCUCACAGUAAAUGUUGCUGCUCUUGUUAUUAACUUUGUUGCUGCUGCAUCAUCUGGAGAAGUCCCUCUAACUGCAGUCCAACUUCUAUGGGUUAAUCUCAUAAUGGAUACUCUUGGGGCCUUAGCUUUGGCAACUGAGCGACCCAGUAAUGAACUAAUGAACAAGAAACCAGUUGGGCGAACUGAACCUUUGAUAACUGCUGUGAUGUGGAGGAAUAUCAUUGCUCAAGCCUUAUACCAGGUAACAGUGCUAUUGAUCCUGCAGUUCAAAGGAAGUGCCAUCUUUCAUGUGAAUAAGAAGGUAAAAGACACCUUGAUCUUCAACACUUUCGUCUUCUGUCAAAUCUUCAAUGAGUUCAAUGCCAGGAAGUUGGAGAAGAAAAACAUAUUCCAUGGAAUACUGAAGAACAGACUGUUUAUUGGGAUAGUGGGAAUGACAAUACUUCUCCAGGUAAUUAUGGUUGAAUUCCUGAGGAGGUUUGCCAAUACUGAAAGGCUGAACUGGAGGCAAUGGGCCGUAUGCAUGGGUAUUUCUUCACUUUCAUGGCCUAUUGGUUGGAUUAUGAAGUGCAUUCCUGUAUCCAACAAGUGAAAAGUUCAAUCACUAAAGGUGCAGCUAAAGACACAAGAAUAGCCAAAUAGUACUUGGCUCUUCUCCUUUUUUCUUUCUCAUCCAUUUAGAACUUUGUUCUUUUAUUGCCUCUCCUAAAUAUGUCUCACUGCUUUUUACAGUAUAUUGAAGUAAAGUUUACUCCUUCAAGGCCCCACAUAUGCAUCAUAUGAGUGUUAUACCAGUGCAGAUGU